AUGAACGUCAGCACCGCAGACCUGAGUUGGCUUCCCGGCGAUGCCGACGAGCAGCUUGCGCUCGGGUUGCGCAUCGUCUCGAACUCCUACAAGAGUCGCGUGCAGACUGCUGAAACGGAAAUAAGGCAACUGAAGACGCAGCUUGCGGAGCGAGGGGAACAGGUGACGCUUUUGCAAAAAAAGUGCAGUGCCUUGGAAGUCCAGCUAAUCGAACAAACACAAAGAGGAAAUCAGCUGGUAGAGGAGAACAAGCAACUGCUGGCAACGACUCGCAAACUGCAAAAGGACAUUCAGCGCCUGGAAAACCUCAAGAAAGCAGUGCUCACUUCAAUCCAAGAGGACCGCCCAGAAGCUGAUGAUUCGAGCCCUUUUGCAGCAGCAGACGCCACUUUUCAGAUGACCGCAAGAAGGACCGUCGCUGAGCUCGGGUCCAUGGAAGAUACCAGCCUUAAAGGCAUGAGGCUUGACUUUCGUCGCGGAGGCCCCAACAACGGAACCAUUCUGACGACGCAUGACGACCCAUCUGCCAAUGCCGACGGUCGCGCUUUCUUUAGAGCCGCACGCAGUCGUCUUUCUUUCGAAACUUUCAAUGCCUUCCUGGCCAGCAUAAAGAGGCUUAACAAUCAACAGCAAGACAGAGAGGAAACCCUUAAAACCGCUGAGCGCCUUUUUGGAGAGGCAAAUGCUGACCUUUAUGAAGACUUCAAGGCCCUUCUGACUCGACAUGCCGUCGUACUGCAAAUCUCGAGAUCACUGCUAAGAUGGGGCACCGUUCACUUGUCUCUUAUCGCUUCGCUGCCCAAGCUGGGCUACGGAUGUGAUUGCCAGUACCUGCGGCAGUCGCUGCGCGACGUGGACAGUUAA